AUCACCGAGCUACUCCCUGCACGCAGUAAGAUUCUCCGCCCAUUCUUCUUCUCCCUUUUUCUUUUCUCUCAUUCUCGUGUAACUCUCCUCCUCCAAAUCCCUACUUUUACACCUAACUAUCACCCAGCUACUCCUUUCUGCGCAGUAAGCUCUCCCCCUUUUCUUUUCAUUUUUAUGCAAAUCUACUUAUCAAAAUCCAUGUUUUUACACACAACCUCUCAUCCUCUAGACAACUCACUUCUUCAUCUCUUCUUUCUAGUGUCUGCACAAUAUCCCCUUCUCUCUUUUAAUUUAGCUAUCAUAAACAACAAAACGAUGAAUUAUUCUCUCUAUGAUGGGUCCGGGAAAAGCGUCGCAUAAGAGGAAGAGGGUGGCACCCGCGGAGAAUCGAAGACUCGGAAAUUGAAGAAUCAAAGAGGUGGAAGGGGUGUAAAUCAGAAGUGGAGCAAAUCAGGGUAGUCUUUGCGAGCAGAAGCUAUCGGAGACAUAUGGGCGUAAUUGCGCAACUAGAAAUUCAAUUGAUGAUCCAAGACACUUGCUCUUGAGGAACAAUCAAGUAUUGGAGUUUGCACACUUUGACCAUCGAGAAUUUAUUUUGAAUUUUGUUUGAAAAUGAUGACUCUAUUUGUUCAUUUAUUUGGACAAGGCAUGAGAUAAAACAAAUGAUGGCAGACAAGAAUGAGAGCUUCAAAGCAAAGGAUAACAAAGGAUUUAUGCUUGUAAUUACUUAUAUUGUAAAGUUAAAGUUUUUACAAUUAGAAUGAUAUUGUAUUUGGAGUGAUUUAUGUUCUCAAAGAUGUUCUUAAAGUUUUUACAUUUGGAAUGAUAUUGUAUUUGGAAUGAUAUUGAAUUAUGAAAGGUGAAUUAGUAAUCUUACUCUCAUUAUGGAU